ACUCAUUUCUUCCACUAAUGAUAUGAUAGAGACAUACCAAAGAAUCUUUCAUGACUUUUCUUCUUUUCUCCUCACUUCCAAAAUUCUCUUCUGUCUUCCUCUUAAGAGUAAAGAAUCAAAAAAAGGAACCCAAAGAAAAAAAAUAACAUAGCCAUGGCUGCUCCAAGAUCAAGAAGAUGCUCUCUUUCUCUCUUAACCCUUAUCUCCAUCUCUCUUAUUCUUAUUUCUGUUUCACUCUUUGUCUCCACAAAACCAACUAAUAAGCCCUUAAUUGAUUACAGAAACCAAUUCUCUGUUUCUAUCUCUUCUCCUCCUUCUCCAUCUCCUCUUGAACAGAACAACACAACAAACACUAGUCUUGUUUUAGCAUCUCCUCUUUUGUCUCUUCCUGGUCAGAGCAACACAACAAACACUAGUCUGAUCUCAGCCUCUCCUCCUUUUUCUCAUCUCGGACAAAACAAUACAACAAACACUACUCUUGCUUCUUCAUCCUCUUUUUCUGAUCACCAAAACCAAAAUAAGUCUCCAAGUCCUACAAGUAAAAAAGUUGUAAUUAAGAAAAGAAGUGGGUUGGAUAAAAUAGAAUCAGAUUUAGCAAAAGCAAGAGCAGCAAUUAAGAAGGCAGCUUCUACACAAAAUUAUAUCAGCUCUCUCUACAAAAACCCAGCCGCCUUUCAUCAGAGUCACACGGAGAUGAUGAAUCGUUUUAAGGUGUGGACAUACACAGAGGGAGAGGUCCCACUGUUCCAUGACGGCCCUGUGAAUGACAUUUACGGUAUAGAAGGACAAUUCAUGGACGAAAUGUGCGUGGACGGACCAAAGAGUAGAAGCCGUUUUCGGGCGGAUCACCCUGAGGAUGCUCACGUUUUCUUCAUACCAUUUAGCGUCGCCAAGGUCAUCCACUUCGUCUACAAGCCCAUCACCUCUGUCGAAGGAUUUUCGCGGGCUCGCCUACACCGUCUUAUAGAGGAUUAUGUUGAUGUAGUUGCCACUAAGCAUCGCUAUUGGAACAGAAGCAAAGGUGGCGACCAUUUCAUGGUAUCAUGCCAUGACUGGGCACCAGACGUGAUCGAUGGGAAUCCAAAGUUGUUUGAAAAAUUCAUAAGGGCUCUUUGCAAUGCUAACACAUCGGAAGGAUUCCGGCCUAACGUGGAUGUAUCCAUUCCGGAGAUAUACCUUCCUAAAGGUAAAUUGGGUCCGUCUUUUCUCGGAAAAUCACCGAGAAUUCGAUCUAUACUUGCAUUUUUUGCCGGAAGAAGUCACGGUGAAAUCAGAAAAAUCUUAUUUAAACAUUGGAAAGAAAUGGACAAUGAAGUCCAAGUCUAUGACCGUCUUCCCCCAGGAAAGGACUAUACAAAAACUAUGGGAAUGAGUAAGUUUUGUCUGUGUCCGAGUGGUUGGGAGGUCGCUAGCCCGAGAGAGGUCGAGGCGAUAUAUGCUGGUUGUGUACCGGUGAUCAUAUCGGAUAAUUAUUCAUUACCAUUCAGUGAUGUGCUUAAUUGGGAUUCCUUUUCCAUACAAAUCCCUGUUUCUAGGAUACCAGAGAUCAAAACCAUUCUACAAAGUGUUUCUCUCGUAAGAUACUUGAAGAUGUAUAAGAGAGUCUUAGAAGUGAAGCAACAUUUCGUGUUGAAUCGUCCAGCUAAACCCUACGAUGUGAUGCAUAUGAUGCUUCACUCUAUUUGGUUAAGAAGACUUAAUCUUAGGCUGGGGGCAUAGUAUAUAAUUUUUUUGUUGUUACAAAUAAAUCUUAAGUGUCAAAGUUCAUAUGAGUUACUAGCUUUGUAUUCUUUCCAUAAAUUUUCAUAGUUCUUUCUUGUAAAAAUAUAUACAACAACAAACACAAUAUCAAAGAUUUCCAUAUUAAUAAGAGAAACAAAGCAAUUGUUAUU